AUGAAGAUCAACGCCCUACCCCUCCUGUUUGCCACUGCUGUUAGCGCCAGUGUCCAGGGCUUCGAUAUCUCCGGCUAUCAACCUAGCGUGGACUUUGCUGGUGCUUAUGCAGCCGGUGCUCGCUUCGUCAUGAUCAAGGCGACUGAGGGUACCAGUUACAUCUCGAGCUCUUUCUCGAGCCAAUACGUGGGUGCCAGUAACGCUGGUCUAAUCCGUGGUGGUUACCACUUUGCCCAACCCGCCAGCAGCACCGGUGCCGCACAAGCCAGCUACUUCCUUGCCCACGGUGGAGGUUGGUCCAAUGAUGGCCUGACCCUACCCGGUAUGCUGGACAUUGAAUACAACCCGUCCGGCGCAUCCUGCUAUGGGCUCAGCGCAUCAGCCAUGGUUGCCUGGAUCAAGGACUUUGGCCAGACCUACAAGAACACCGCUGGCCGGUACCCUAUGAUCUACACGACCACCGACUGGUGGAACACUUGCACUGGUGGCAGCACGGCAUUCGGUGACUACCCAUUAGCUAUAGCUCGAUACAGCUCUUCUGUCGGUACUAUCCCCGCUGGCUGGGAAUUCCAGAGCUUCUGGCAGAACUCGGAUGCGUACAGCUUCGGAGGCGAUUCGGAAAUUUGGAAUGGCAGCGAAGACGCUCUGAAGACAUUUGCCAAGAUCGCUGGUUAA